CUGGAGUCACUUCGUCGACAGUCCCGCUUCAUAGCGGCGCAGCGAGAGCGAAAAGUCAAGUUCUCGCAAUGGAAGGCCGAUGGCCAGAGCAUAUCAACAGGAGAAAACGAAGAAGACACUCUACACAAUCAAGUGGAUCAGGACUCGAGUACCAUUUUAAAUGAAUGCAAAAGGGAUGCGAGCAAACGAAGACCAUCACUGGCCCAAAAAAUGACAUCGAAUUUGCGGCGCCUUUCGGGCGCAACCGAACUCAAAAUUGAUAUCAACGAUUCCAUAACGGCAAAUAACCCGAAAUAUAAUAAAAAAAUAAAGCGACACAGUAUUCAUGGCAUGAUGGAAGAGGAAAACGUAAUUCGUCCACAUCAAGAGAUCCAAGGUUUAACCUAUGAAGAGAAAAAGUUUCUGCUGGCGGUGGAACGAGGCGACGUUGCCGGUACCAGAAGGAUACUCCAAGAAAAGGAAACCAAGAAUGAUAAUGAUGAAUUCAAUAUAAAUUGCGUGGACCCGCUGGGGCGGUCAGCACUUUUGAUGGCAAUCGACAACGAAAACUUGGACAUGGUCGAACUACUCAUCAAUAGCAAUGUGGAUACUAAGGAUGCAUUGUUACAUGCCAUUUCCGAAGAGUUUGUCGAAGCAGUCGAAAUGCUCCUCGACCAGGAAGAUUUAAGUCAACAAAAAGAAGGACAACGCGUACGUACAUUUUUGUUACUCCAGUUCUCUCCAUUAAUACGUGUAAUGAAACAUUGUUCAAAUUUGUUCCGGAGAGAAAGCACAUUCGAACGGAUGUUCCAUUCAAAACGGAUCGAUUUAUUUUUGGGGUUUUCAACCACUCGAAUCCGGGAUCGAAUUAUCAAUGGGAUUUUUUGUGUGGUAUUAAAAUUGUAUGUGCGUUGUUUUUGUUGUUGUUCCAUUUACAGAUGCGGUUGUGAUGACUGCGUAAUUUCACGCCUCGAUGACUCGCUUCGACAUUCACGCUCUCGAAUAAAUGCAUAUCGGGCUUUGGCCAGUCCAAGUUUAAUAUCACUUUCGUCAAAGGAUCCAAUAUUGACCGCUUUCGAACUCUCAUGGGAACUGCGACGUUUAAGCUUUUUGGAGCAUGAAUUCAAGAGUGAAUAUCAGGAAUUGAGACGACAGUGUCAAGACUUUGGUACAGCCCUAUUGGAUCACACACGAACUUCAAACGAACUUGAAGUUAUGCUAAAUCACGAUCCAACCAAUUUAUCUGGACCAAUGUUUGAGCACGGCGAACGAAUGCAUCUGAACCGCUUGAAAUUGGCAAUCAAAUUACGACAAAAAAAGUUUGUAGCCCAUCCGAAUGUACAGCAGUUGUUGGCAAGUAUAUGGUAUGAAGGUUUACCUGGGUUCCGGCGAAAAAAUAUGGCCUUACAAACACUUGAAAUCGUCCGAAUCGGAAUACUUUUUCCACUGUUUUCAAUCACUUACAUAGUAGCUCCGCAUUCACGAAUUGGUCAAACGAUGCGAAAACCGUUUAUUAAAUUUAUUUGUCACAGCGCUUCAUACUUCACAUUCCUGUUUCUGUUAAUGUUAGCUUCUCAACGAAUUGAGUCUGUGGUUGGAAAUUGGUUAUGGGCCAACGAUCGAACCGGCUCGCUCGAUUCCGACGACGAAGUACCGACAAAGCGUGGCGCGACACCAACGGCUAUUGAAUGGAUGAUUCUGGCCUGGGUGAGCGGUUUAAUCUGGAGCGAAGUGAAACAGCUAUGGGAUAUUGGCCUACAGGAAUAUGUGAAUGAUAUGUGGAAUGUUAUAGAUUUUGUAACGAAUUCAUUGUACGUUGCGACUGUGGCAUUGCGGGUGGUGUCUUAUUUUCAGGUACAAAAAGAAAUGGUCAACAAUAAGAGUGCAGCGGAUUUACCGCGUGAACAGUGGCAUUCAUGGGAUCCAAUGUUGUUAUCAGAGGGCCUAUUUAGUGCGGCGAAUAUAUUCAGUUCGCUGAAAUUAGUUUACAUAUUCUCGGUGAACCCACAUCUGGGUCCACUUCAAGUGUCACUUUCACGUAUGGUUAUGGACAUCAUGAAGUUUUUCUUCCUCUAUGUGCUCGUGUUGUUCGCCUUCAGUUCAGGUCUCAAUCAAUUGCUAUGGUACUAUGCGGACUUGGAGAAGAAGCGUUGCCCAGAGAUGAAUAUGGCCAGCAACAAUAUGACUCCGAAUGAUUCGCAGAUAGCAACAGAUCACAAUGCAUGCUAUGUUUGGCGUCGAUUUGCUAACUUAUUUGAAACGACACAAACACUUUUCUGGGCUGUUUUCGGCUUAGUGGAUUUGGACAGCUUCGAAUUGGAAGGCAUUAAAAUAUUUACACGUUUCUGGGGAAUGCUGAUGUUUGGCACCUACUCAGUCAUCAACAUUGUGGUUCUGUUAAAUCUCCUUAUUGCUAUGAUGAAUCAUUCGUACCAGUUGAUUUCGGAACGAGCUGAUGUUGAAUGGAAAUUCGCGAGGUCCAGACUGUGGAUUAGUUAUUUUGAAGAGGGUGGUACAUGCCCUCCACCAUUUAAUAUCAUUCCAGCACCCAAAUCGAUUUGGUAUAUUUUUGAAUGGAUGAAAAAGAAAUUUUUCGGCCGUUCAAAAACCAUUAAAAAAGAGCACAUGAAAACCAUCCGGAAGAAAGCAAAACAAGCAAAUGAACGUGAAUUCAAGUAUCAGCAAAUAAUGCGAAAUUUGGUGCGACGCUAUGUAACGGUGCAGCAGCGUAAGGCUGAAUCACAAGGUGUCACCGAGGACGAUGUGAACGAGAUCAAGCAAGACAUUUCAGCAUUUCGGUGCGAACUUGUGGAAAUUCUCAAAGGCAGUGGCAUGGACACGGGCAAAGUAACAGGACAGGGAGCAGGUGGAAAGAAGAAUCGACAAAAGGAGCGACGUUUGAUGAAAGGAUUCAAUUUGGCAUUACCAGGCACACAAGGUAUGAAUGCAUUACCACCAGUCGCUGAAUUCAUGUCACCAUUUCAUUCAGGCAGCGAAAACUGCGACUACUAUGGAUCAACAUUUGCCGGUCUGCUGAAUGCCAAUCAGUCAGGAAUCACCCCGCGACGUAAUCCAAUGUAUUCGAUGCAACAGUAUUCAUCGUCGCAGAGCUCGUUCAGCGAAUCGUUUGGCACGAUUGGACGUCUGGGUAAAAUCGGAUCCAAGCUGCGUAACACAUCACAAAAGAGGCGAUGGGGCACGUUGAUUGAAGCAGCGCGCCACGGCACCGGCAGCGUAUCACGUUUCAUCGGUCGUUCACGUUCCGAAGACUCCGUAUGCAAUUCGAUACCUGCAAACACCGCCAACAAAGAGGGAUCGGCCAGCCGAAGUAACUCGGACGAAGGUGUUACUGCAUCACCAACUGACUCAAACCCAAGUAUGGACAAACCUGACGUUAACACCGCUCCUACUAAAUCUUCUUCUUCUUCUUCUUCUGCUAAAUAUAAAAGCAAAGAGCAUCAUUCGCAUUUAUAUGGGUUCGGUGCUUUGGCCGCACUCAAGCGGAAGCGGAAAAAGUUUAGCAAAAGCCGAAAUACUAGUCCAGUUUUAGAACCAACGGCCCCUCCAAAAACAGAAUCCAGUCCAAGCAAAAAGAUACUAAAGCGAGCGUCGAGCGUACCAUCGCGUGUCGAAGAUGAAAAGAAUGUGCCGGCGAACGGCGAACAAGGGAAAAGUCAAUCGGAAUCAUCGCAACAUGAAGGAUUGACGCCCUCGACAACCGAUGAAAGUGUAAAAUUCUCAACCGCAUUGUUAGAUCCAUUGCUUCGGCAAACACAUUCCUUAACUGAGUCUAGUUCACAUGAUAUACCACAGCUGCCCAAUGUAACGCCAGUUCGUGGCCACAUUAACUAUCAAGGAUGGCUUUAAUAUCGUCGACAACGUCGAAAUUGUUACUACCGCUUUCUAACUUCCAUUAUUUAUCAACGUUGCACUUUCGUUCGCAUUUCCUAUCACGUUGUCGUCAAAGUCGACAUCGUCGUCACUCAUUUCGUUGUCAAAUGGCAUUGUCUCACAUCGAAAUUGAUUUUCACAUUCCGAACCGAGUAGAAGAGGAGAAAAACAAGAUUCCGUAGCGACAACACGCAAAGAAAAGAAAAGAAACGACUUGAAACAAGAAUGGUUAAUUUGUUGAAUUCCAUAAUGUUCUCUCUCCGCAUUUAAGCAAAAGUUCAACAUCUAUUUUCGUAAGUUGCCUGCAUUUCGAUAAGCAAAAGCAGAAGAACUUUAGCGGAAAACUUUAAUUGACCCGAUUUUCGUGUUCGUUGCUGCUGCUGCAUUCGUUCGCAACAGAACAGCAACAAAAACAUUGGCAGCGACGUUGGCGUCAUCGUCGACAACAGCGAAAAUUUGAGUGCAAAACAGAGAGCAAAUACUGCAAAGAGGGUAAAUUUUCGGCAACACAACGAAUAUUGAACGAAAAGUCAAGAUGAAAUGUACGACUAAGUUUUCCAUGGGAAAAACAGGAGACAAAAACUUAAGAUAAUUAACAUAAACAGAGACAGCGUCAAAACACUAACAACAAGAGCAGCAACGCAGAGAAAAAAGCAUCAAGGCAUAAACAAACUCAAAAUAAGAAUCGCACAUACGAAUAAAUAAAAUUGGAUUGCAACCAGCGUAAUUAGAAUGACUCUGCAUUUUGCACAGACACACACAGACACACACACACACACACACGCAAACACAUGCUAACGAAUCUGAAUCGGGUUCAAAUUUAAGCAUUAAACCAACACCAAACACACAAGUCACUGACUAAUCGACCAAAAAAAUCGAGAUAAGGGAGUGCCCCGAAAACUGUGUUACUCGGCACUAAUUGAAUUUAAACUAGAGAGGAAUAAAGUUUGACGGCAAAGCAAAACUACGAAGCGGUUUCGGCAUUUCAAUGCAUACACACAUUUUCUACCGGAUCAACCAAAGUGAGCAGGGCGAUGCGCCUGAAGUUCAUCUCAAAUGGCAUUUUUCGCACAUAAAAUAUUUAUUUGAAAAGAAAAACUUUUAUCAUUUCGUAUUUUUCAUUCCGCUUUAUUUGUAUCGCAUCAAUCUUAAAAGAAUAAAAUGUACGUUGUUCCAAAUCUGA